AUGGGAGCCUGCGAGUCGUUGGAGGCCAAAGCCGCCCGAGAAGCAGCGCUAGUUUCGAAGAAAAUUGAUCGAGAACUGGAACGAAAGAACAACGGUAACAUGGAACAAAAACUAUUGCUACUUGGACCCGGUGAAAGUGGUAAAAGCACCUGUUUGAAGCAGUUGAAAAUAAUGCACGCAAAUGGUUACUCGGAACAGGAGAUUCAAGAGAAGAAGUUCGUGGUUUACAUGAACAUUGUACAAGCGAUGAGCGCUCUUCUGGACGCCAAGGAUACGCUAGGGAUUGCGUUCGACAACAGUUCUAUGGAG